GUCGCGGCAGCGCUCGUGCGCGCCACACACGUCCGGCAGUCCGUCCUUCCUGUCGAGUUCACGCGGAGACCGGAAGUUGCGAUCUCCUUUGGAGACAACCCCUCGUACCGUGCACCCUUUUAUCGAGACGUCACGUAGUGGUUUUUUUUUUUUUAUUAUUGUAAAGGAACCAUAAUUAGGGGACUUUUCAUUUUUAAAUCGAGAUCGUCGACGCAGGUCCUUUUUUUGUAGGAGUGCGCGAGGAUUUUUUUUUUUAUGGGACAUGUGUGCCACGUGGAUCGAACCGGAAGAUCCACCUGCUGCUGUGGCUAUCGAGUGGGAUUAGGCGAGCAGGCACGACGGAUGGCCCAAGCCUCGGAGCAAAUCUUCCAUGGACCGUCGAAAAUCAGAGGAUGAGUCGCUGUUGUCAAGUAACUUUCCAGGAUUCCCGCGUCGACGAUAUCGCCGGCGAUCAGCUGUGAUCAGGAUGGAUCUAGGAUCGAUUCUAGCUCUGAUAAUGCUGAGUGCAGCCGGUGUCUCGUCCUCUCACAUGCCCGAAAAGUAUCCUAUAGAAGUGUAUCAUAUGUUACAAGAAAGAACGCAAUUUGGAAUUGGACGUGAUAACAGGGUGAGAGGAACUUGGGGCACGUGGAGCUCGUGGAACGAUUGUUCCCGAUCGUGCGGCACUGGUAUCCAAUCUCAAUCUCGCGAAUGCGUCCCUUUACGGAAACUUUUGAGAAAACGAAGUAUUAUCUCGGAAAAUAGUACGAGCAGCGUCAGACCUAUCUGUAUCGGUACAUAUAAACGCUAUCACACAUGCAAUACACAGGAAUGCCCGAACUUUACGGAAGACCUGCGGGCGGAACAGUGUGCCAAGUACAACGGGAGAAACUACAAGGGUCGCAGUUACGUCUGGGUGCCUUUCGUAGACGCGCCGAACUCCUGUGCGCUCAAUUGCCGUGCAGUCGGCGAACGUUUUUACGCAACGCUUGAACCGGCAGUAAUGGAUGGCACGCCCUGCGACGCUCCGAAUCUUCGCGGACGCAGCAGCAGCAACAGCGGGAUUUCGAUGGAACGCAACAGCGAACGGUGGCUCUGCGUCGCCGGACAAUGCAAGCCUGUAGGAUGUGACGGGGUGGUGGGUUCCGGCGCGACGAUGGAUGCCUGCGGCGUGUGCGGUGGCCAGGGUAGGGGAUGCAGGUUGUUCGAAGGCAUCUUCAUGGAACCGAUUUUGCCCAAGGGUCAUCAGCAGGUGACCACGAUUCCCAAGGGCGCUAUGUCACUCAACAUAUCCGAGCUACGAUUCAGCAGCAAUUUUUUAGCGUUGAGAGACAGUAACGGCAGUUACAUCCUAAACGGACCGUGGUCUUACAGUCCCAGUGGUACUUAUAAAGCGGCUGGUACGAUAUUAACAUACCAGAGGGGCGAUAGGAACCGUAUGGAGUGUAUCUUGGCGACUGGACCGUUGAACGAGUCUUUGCAUUUAGAGAUCUUAUCCGUGGAGUUAAAUCCAGGUGUUUUGUAUAAAUUCAUGCUCCCCAUGAAGGAAAUGCCAGACAGUAAAGCGGUGAUUGCACCGCCACUGCUUGUCGCAGGAACGAAUGAUCAGGGCAACGAGAUACCUAGUCCAGAUAGUCAAGUGACCGUGCGGGUACCUGUUACAAGAAUAUCAAAUCGGCGGAGCGAUUUAUCUCCAACGCGUCGCGAUCGCGAUCCGCACGACGGACGGAAGGAAGAGAUGAAGCAUCCGCCGACUACGGUGAUGGCGGGCGAUCAGCCAAAGUCAAAGACGACGAAGAAGAAGAGAAAAAGGAAGUUUGCUUGGAAAGUAGUCGGCCACGCUCCCUGCUCGAAGGAAUGCGGAGGAGGUAUACGUACGACGAUUUUAAAAUGCAUUCGUGAGAGUAAUCAAACGCUUGUCAGCGAUAAACGUUGCCGCAACGUGGAAAAACCGACUCAUCCUCCCCCAUUGCGAUGCAAUGAUCAUCCCUGCGCUGCCAGAUGGCGAGCCGAACAAUGGAGCGAAUGUUCGGUCACUUGCGGAAUCGGCGUCAGAACGCGAAAUCUCGAGUGCGUUCAGGAGCUGAAUGCAAGAUUGACAAUGCGCGUUGCUGCCGGUGCGUGCAUUCAACCGCCAGAUUUAAGCACUACGGAAGCUUGCAAUCUGCCCUCCUGUCCCAACGCGGGCCCAGAACUGAGGCAUAUGCCCUCACAAUACGACGCACCCAGGUGGGAUGUGGGCGUUUGGAGUCCGUGUUCGACGACAUGCGGUCGUGGAACUCGAAAUCGAACGGUGACUUGCAUAACGCCCGGAGAAUCCUGCUCAUUAGCCAGUAAGCCGGAAUCCCAAAAAGCGUGCGAGAUUACAGCUUGUAAUGAAGCAACAGACGUGGGACAUCAUGCACCCUGGCUAUACUCAGAAUGGUCUUCUAAAUGUUCCGCGGAAUGCGGAAAUGGUUUGAAAAUCAGACGAGUGGCAUGCGCUGACGGUAGCGAAUUAUUUUGCAAUCCCAAAGAGAGACCGGACACGGAGAUGCAUUGCUUUGAACGAGGAACGAACUGCGAUCGAGCCAAGUGGUUCGCCGGCCCAUGGACUUCCUGUUCUGUCUCGUGCGGUAUCGGCAUGCAACAUCGAGAUAUCGCUUGCAUAGUUAGAACAAAUGAUGAGUUUGUCGUAUUAUCCACGAAAAAUUGUAGUGAUCCGAAGCCAAUGACCAAACAAGUUUGCAGAGUUUCGGCAUGUUCGUCGGAAUGGUUCACCUCGAAUUGGUCGACGUGUUCAGCAACAUGCGGGAUCGGAGUACAAACACGACAUGUACGAUGCAUCGUCGAGGGCAUUAGUAGCACUAAUUGUUCAGAAAUUAAUAAACCAAACAUGGAACAACGAUGUAACUUGGAGCCGUGUAAAAAGGAGCUGCCAGUAGCGAGCAAACCACCGAAAAAAGUGCACGAACCGUCCGAGUGCGUUGACAAGUAUCCGAAUUGCGACUUAGUAGUAAAGAACGGUUUGUGCCGAAUUAAAUAUUACAAGCACUCAUGUUGCCAAUGUCGCCAGUAGGCAGCAAUUUUGCGCCGUUUAUUCAAAAUUUUAUAAAUACGAAAUUAGUGUUCAUGAAUAAAAUAUAAAUAUCAUGUCACACAGGCAAAUUAUGCCGAGCGUAAGACUGCUACAGAAAGACGAUUUCUUAUGUAUAGUUUUACUAAUGCGCGAAUUCGUAUUACGCGUUUUCUUAUGUAGUCGUGCUUUCUUUUGCCAUAAGAGUAAUUCUCAUAGAAUGCAACAUUUUUUUUAUUUCAAAGAAAGUUUCAAAGAAAUCGACGAAUUUAGAACGCGUUUAUUUUUUUGUUUUAAUUUUUCAUUUUAAUUCUACGAAUUUUCAAACUUUUGGAAAAUAUUGAAACUAAGUAUGCUCUGCUGAUUGAAACAUAAAUAAAUGAAACAAUGAAACAAUGAAAUAAAAUAAUAAAAUAUA